AGACACGGGCACCGAAAAUGGAUCGCGAUUUGCUUCAAGUCACUCUCAUCAAGACAUAACUUUUGCUAAACUUUUCUGGCGCGACCCGUAAAGUGGAUACAUGAAGGCUUCAUCACGGGAGUAAAUGGUGUGAUUCCAAGAAGUACCAACCGUCUCCAUCUGCAUGUGUCUGCUCAGGGAGAGAAAGAGGGGGCUUUAUUGGAAAUUCUCUAACCCCCAGUGGGACGCUCUCUGCCCUCUUUCUCCAAAAGUUCCUCCAAGGAAAGCCGAGUUUGCUGGGAUCAAUUUAAGGCCACCUACUGAUGCAGACAAGCGCAACUCUGUGUAAGAGGGCUUGAGGGUGCAGCAACGGCAGCGUUCUGAGUCCCAAUGCCAGUUGACAUGCAGCCACAUCAGGGGCUGUAUCACUAUGAGUCUGCUCCUAGCCAGCCGUCCCGCGGCCUAGCUCCCUCAGGUAGAUCCGCGUAUGGUGACGUGGCCCCGCUCCGUGCCACCCCCCACAACGGCCAGCCCCCCGACAGCAGGGCCAUGUACAACCCCAUGACCCCGAACAUGACGGCCAACAUGACCCCCGGCUCCUGCAUGGACUCCUACAUGCGCCCCCCUCACGCCCCCCCGCCACACAGCAUGCUGGGACACCGUGGGGGCAUGUCUGCUGCAGAAGGAGUGAGUGGCAGCCCGUACUGCAGCCAGGGGAACCUGAUGUCCCACCACAGCUUCCCCCACGGCCAGCCAGGCUCCGAGCUGCUGGGCUCUGCUGACGGCUCUCGAUUCUCCACUCCACGCUCCAUACUGAAGUUGAGUAAGAAGCGUGCCCUGUCCAUCUCUCCGCUGUCGGACGCCAGCGUGGACCUGCAGACGGUCAUCCGCACGUCGCCCAACUCCCUGGUGGCUUUCGUCAACUCGCGCUGCGGCCCCAACGGUGCCAGCUCCUACGGCCAUCUGUCCGUGGGCGCCAUGAGUCCGUCUAUGGGUUUCUCCGGUUCUAUGAGCUACCAGUCGCGGCAGCAGGGUUCUAUGUACGGAGGGAACACUCCCCUGGGCCACCUCCAAGGACCCUGCCAUGCACCUCCUCCCCGGUUACCGCCUCACAACCCCAGGCUGCACGCCCCAAAGCAUGGACAUAUGAAGACAGAGCCGGUGCUGGGCAGUGUGAUGGACAGCAUCAACAUGAAGAGUCUGGAGGAGCACUCGGAGGGAGACGUGGCCAGCCCGUCCUCAACAGGGACACAGGAUCCUCUGCUUGGUCUGCUGGAGGGCCGUGAGGAUCUGGACAAGGAGGACGGCAAGCCGGAGCCAGAGGCCAUUUAUGAGACCAACUGCCACUGGGAGAGCUGCAGCAAGGAGUUCGACACCCAGGAGCAGCUAGUGCAUCACAUAAACAACGAGCACAUCCACGGUGAGAAGAAGGAGUUUGUGUGCCACUGGCAGGACUGCUCGCGGGAGCAGCGUCCCUUCAAGGCCCAGUACAUGCUGGUGGUGCACAUGCGCAGGCACACCGGGGAGAAGCCACACAAGUGCACUUUUGAAGGUUGCAAUAAGGCGUACUCACGCCUAGAGAAUCUGAAGACUCACCUCCGCUCACACACUGGGGAGAAGCCCUAUGUGUGUGAGCACGAGGGCUGCAAUAAGGCCUUCUCCAACGCUUCCGACCGGGCCAAGCAUCAAAACCGCACUCACUCAAACGAGAAACCUUAUGUAUGUAAGAUCCCCGGGUGCAUCAAACGUUACACAGACCCCAGCUCUCUCCGCAAACACGUCAAAACAGUACACGGACCAGAGGCGCACAUCACCAAGAAGCACCGCGGGGACACUGGCCCCCGACCUCUAGGAUCUGCUAUGACCCCUGGUGGUUCAGGUGGUGAACUGCUCCAGGAGAAGGAGGAAACUCGGAGGGAGGACUGCAAACUCCUGGCCCCAGAGAAUGCCCUGAAGUCCCAGCCCAGUCCUGGAGGCCAGUCGUCCUGCAGCAGCGAGCGCUCUCCGCUGGGCAGCGCCAACAACAACGACAGUGGCGUGGAGAUGAACCUGAACGCGGCGGGCAGCCUGGAGGACCUGACCGCUCUGGAGGACGGAGCAGGGACCACGGGGGUCGGAGAGGCCAGCGGCGGGGCAGGCUCAGGGGGGAUGGGCAUGUCCGCUCAGGCCCUGAAGAGGCUGGAGAACCUGAAGAUCGACAAGCUGAAGCAGAUCCGUCGGCCGACACCGCCUGGACGAGGCAUGGGGAACAGUAAGCUGCCCACUCUCAAUGCAUCCGGUGGGGACAUGAUGGGAAUGUGCACCGCAUCUCCGGUUCUGUCUAAUCGCCGGGUGAUGGAGCUGUCCAAUCACGAGGUGGGCGUCGGGGGAGCCGGGGGCAUGCCGUGCCCGGCCAACGACCGUCGCGGCAGCGGCACCAGCAGCCUGAGCUCCGCCUACACGGUCAGCCGGCGCUCCUCGAUGGUGUCGCCGUACCUGUCCAGCCGCCGCUCCAGCGAGGUGUCCCAGAUGGGAGCGGGCGCGCCGGGGCACUCCCAGGGCAUGAUGGGCCAGGAGUCCGUGGGCGACCCGCUGUCGCCCGAGAUGAACCGCAGGGCUGUGUCGUGCCAGGGAUCGGGAGGUCUGCCAGGGUUGCCCAGCCUCACCCCUGCCCAGCAGUACAACCUGAAGGCCAAGUACGCCGCCGCCACCGGGGGUCCUCCGCCCACCCCUCUGCCCAACAUGGAGCAGCCGGGCACCCCUGGCAGGAGAGUGGGCUUCAUGAGCGAGUACCACUGCCAGCCUCUGCCGCCGUACCUCCAGCAAGGCGCCGGGCGCAGGCACAGCGCCAACACCGAGUACGGCACGGGGGUGAUGUACCCGCACCAGGCGCCGGGCAACGGCACCAGGCGCGCCAGCGACCCGGUCCAGCGCUCGGGCGCGGCCGACGCCCAGGGCCUGCCCAAGGUGCAGCGCUUCAGCAGCCUCAACAACGUGUCCGCGAUGAGCCGGCGCAACGCCAGCGUCAACCUGAUGCACUGCGGCUCCGACGCCAACAUCGCCCGCCACAUGUACUCGCCGCGGCCGCCCAGCAUCACCGAGAACGUCAUGAUGGAGGCGCUGGCCAUGGAGCCCCACGCCGGGGGUGGAGGUGGCGGAGGUGGUGGAGAGGGGAGGGACCACGGCAUGAUGAUGGGCCAGGGCCACAUGGGCUACCAGCAGCACCAGCACCACCACCACCACCACAACCCCCACAGCCAGCUGUCCCCGGGCGCAGAGAGCAUGGGCUGCCCGGACCAGGCGUACCAGUCUCGCCAGGCGGGCAUGCAGGGCCACUACGGAGGCCAGAUGGCACAGGUGGACAUGUCCAACAGUCUGCUGCAGCAGGCCGAGUACGGCAUGAGCACCUGCCAGCUCAGCCCCUCGGGGCCCACUUACCCCAGCCUGGGGCAGGGGAGCAGCGGAGAGGGCAUCGGCGGGCCGUGGGGCGGCGGCGGCGGCGACGGCGGCGCCCAGGUGCAAGCGGGCAUGCAGUUCCAGGACCAGGGCAUGCAGGGCUCGCACUACCCCCAGCAGGCCGUGUACAACAGCGCGGACGGGUGCCACCAGAAGGUCACCAUCAAGCCCGAGCAGCAGUUCCACCCGUCCAUGUCCACCCACAGCGCCUGCCAGAACGCCAAGCCGCUGCUCGCCCAGCGUCAGCUCUCCCAGCCCGGCUCCAUGCCCCUCUCGCCCCAGGCCUACGCCCAGCAGCAGCAGCAGGCCGCCCAGGGCGUGAUGGCCAGGCCCCCCACCGCCAGCUGUGACUUCCAGGGCCAGAUGGACACCCAGCAGCAGCAGCAGCAGCAGGGCUCCUUCCCCGGCCGAGCGGCCGUGAGCCUGGGGUGCGUGGGCUCCUCUCUGGCGGAGGGCCGGAGGUCCCAGACGCCCAUGCUGCAGGUGAAGGAGAUGAUGGUGCGCAACUACGUUCAGUCGCAGCAGGCGCUCAUGUGGGAGCAGAUGGAGCAGCAGCAGCAGCAGCAGCAGAAGGUGGUGGUGGUGGGCGGUGGCGUGGUCGACGGCAUGGACGUGAGUGGACAGCACGGCGCCAUGAUGCAGCAGCAGCAGCAGCAGCAGGCGUGUACCAACAUGUACCCGGCCGGCAACUACCCAGCGUACCCCAACCAGAACCUCAUGAGCCCCCCCGCCGCUGGCAGCGCCACGCACAGCCGCGGGCCCAGCUCCGUGCCCCCCAAGGAGCAGAUGGUGGGCAUGCCGGGCGCCUGCUACGGCGGCCAGGACAUCGUGCCCAGGCCGCCGCAGAGCCGGAAGCCCCUGAGCCGCCAGAACAGCCUCUCCCAGCAGAGCGCGGCGGCGUACCUGGGCAGCCCGCCUCACCUGAGCCCGACGGCGCACGCCGCCGCCGCUGCCAGCCCCAGGAGAGCGGUCCGACUCCCGCCGGUCCAGACCCAGCCGCAGCAGCAGCAGCAGCUCCCGGACAACUUCCCUGGCCACAACAACAACAACAACGGCCCCAUGUACUACUCCGGCCAGAUCCACAUGCACCACGACAUGGAGAAGCCGCUGUCCCACCCCGGCGCCCAGCCCGGCUCCUGCCUCAACCAGAUGGGGGCCGUGGUGGACCCGGGCUCCAAGCCUCUGGGCUACGCCGAGACGGGGCCCAUCUCCAACACGCUGGAAAACCUCGACCUGGACAACGCCCAGAUUGACUUUGCCUCCAUCAUCGACGACCAGGAUCCUUCGUCCUACAGCCCCAUCAACCCGCCGCUGUCCUCAUCGCAGCCCUCGUCCCGUCUGACCACCCCCCAGACCUCGAUCCCUCAGCCCUCCGGCCUGUCCAACAUGGCCGUGGGGGACAUGACGACCAUGCUGACUUCCCUAGCCGGGGAGAACAAAUACCUGAACACGCUGUCGUAGAGAGAAAGAGAGAGCGGAAGAGAGACAGAGAAAGAGAGAGAGAGAGAGAAAGAGAGACAGAGACUUGCUGUCCCUUUGCACUCCCAUACACUUGUGCUUGGCCCCUUGCGUGAGCUCACAGACUCAAGGACUGACUUAAAGUCAGUGGCCUUCAGACGAAACCAAAGGUGCCUAUCUAUCUGUCUGUCUGUCUGUCUCGUUCACCGAGAAGAAGACAGACAGCACUGCUUGCGCUCUCCAGGAAGAUGACCUUCUGUUUGUUUCCUCUGUUUUUUGUUUGUUUGUUUGUUUGUUGGCUUGUUUGUUUUGUUUGUUUGAAAGUGAAUUCCAGAACUUUUUUUUUUUUUUUCAUCGGGUGUCACCCUAAACCUGGGGCAUUCCAGAGGACAGAUAGCAGUAAAAGCAACAGUGAUGCUGACAACAAUGUGAGCAGUGUAAAUAGCCUAAACAUUUAUAUGUGCAUUUUAUAUGACGACGUUGAUCGAGAACAACUCAACAGCUUCAGCUAAUGCCCCUCCGAGCGUGGAGGCAAACCUUGAACGAGUGCAAACUCUAUCUUAGGAGUGUCUGUAUUGACUGAAAAACUGUACAAUCCCAGGGAAAUAUUUUGCGGAACAGUCACAAAUAGCAGUAUUGUAGAACAUGAGGAUAUCAUCACAGUAUUCAGAUCAAGACACCCAGGCCAGUGAAAAAUAAUUCUUUGUGUGACCCUGCAAUCUACAGUAGUACUCUCCCUCUUACAAAAAAAAACAAAAAUUAAAUAAAUAAAAUGCAAAAGAAAAUGGUUACCUAAAGACGUAAUAAGAAUGCGUGAAACAGAAGCAACGGGUAAUAAUAACAAUAAUAAUAAUAAUAGUCAUGAUAAUAAAAGGUAGUCUCUCAGUCUCCACUGAAUGACUGGGGAGUGUGGGAGAGAGCCGUUAGACUCAGACACAAACACCAGAUGCAUAAUGACUUGCCAAGUGUCUUCGCUUUAUUGUAGUUGCUGACUUGUGGUUCCGUUUGGGUCAUUGGAGGUAUGGACAGAAUGGGCGGCUCAAUAAAAACAAAGUAGUGGAUGUAGAGAGGGACAGAAUGUGCCUGGUCCUUGAUCCACCCUAUGAGCAAGUUAGCGCGGUGUUUCGGGCUGAAACGAUCUGCUCAGCAGACCGUCCAGCCUCAGGGCAUUUUUUUUCUUUAUUUCUUUCUUUUUUUUUUUUUUUCUUUUCUUAAUAUGAAACAGAAACGCUUAUUUCGCAGGCAUAGUCAUGCAGUUUCUUUUAUUACAAAAAAAAGUCACAUUACGGUACUAUUGUUAAGCCGCUGUAGAUUUCUGCCAAAAGCUCAGUCAGGCGGUCCAGUCUCCUGACCGUGACUCUCGCGCACCAGCAAAGCUCACAUCAUGCUAUUGCACUGAUCGCAGCACUGAGUGACCAGAACUUAGCUUUUUGACAUCUGAAACAUACACGUAGGUGUGUCACCUCUACACUGUAAGAGUUCCCCAUUCUGACAAUGCUGGUGUUGCACAUGUUUGUUUUUUUUUUGGGGGGGGGGGGGGGUAAACAGGUUGAAAUCUGUUCAGGAGAUGGGUUCUAGGUGGCUGUGUUCGCGCUUUGUAAGUAAAUCCAGCCCAAUUCAGUACUGUAGAAGGCCCUGUCAUCUGACCUGGCAAACGGGCAUACUAAGAGCACUGAGCAGUCUCUCCCUCUCACUGUGUAUGGCAUACCAAAGAUAUUUUAGAGUGGAUUAUAUUUGAACAAAACUGUGUGCAACGACGUCUGCCUCGAAAAGCGUCGUCUCGGACACAGAAAUAAAUAUUGUGAUCAUGGGUUGAUAGUGCUGUCACAUAGAAUGUAAUGUUUUGUGUACGGACAAAGUAACAUUUCCUUUUUGUUUGUCAACAGCAAUAACAAGUACCCUUAUGGAUUUUCAUUUGUCUGUGUGUGUUUUUUGUAUCUGUCACAGUAUGAUCUGUUUUUGCUGGCAAAAGAACAUUAAUUUAGUAACAAAAGAUAUAAUAGUAGCAUUUACUACGCCUAUACAGGAAGCCAAGUGAUAUAUUUUUGCGUACCAUUUUCUACAUUUUUUAUACAAACGUACUAUAUUUUACCAAUUUAUAAAUAAACAUGUUCAGCCUGUGAUGGAU